AUGGCUUACGAUUUGCCUUUCAAGCUCGCCAAUUCCGAUCUUUUCAAGACGGACGCCUAUGUCCACGGCUCUUGGGUGACGGCAUCCUCAACGAAGCGAUUCGAAAUCGAGGAUCCAGGAACAGGCAAAGCCUUUGCCUCCAGUCCAGAUUUCGACCGUUCCGAUGUCGAUGCAGUGGUAAAAUCAUCACACGAAGCCUUUCAGACCUUCCGCUACGAGAACCCGAGGUCUCGGGCCAAGAAGCUCCUGGAAUGGGAUCGCCUCAUUCGCGAGAACCGGGAUGACAUCGCUCAGGUUCUCACCCAUGAGUCUGGGAAACCCGUCGCCGAAGCGCAAGGCGAGCUUGACUAUGCCUUGGGCUUCACGUGGUGGUUCGCUGGAGAAGCUGAGCGCAUCCGAGGAAACAUCUCGACGCCAUCCGCGCCUAAUCGAAGAGUCGUGGUUGUGAAGCAGCCCAUUGGCGUGGCCGUGGCGCUUGUCCCAUGGAAUUUCCCUAUUGCAAUGAUUCUACGCAAGGCCGGCGCUGCAUUGGCAGCCGGAUGCACAAUGAUUGCGAAGCCCUCACCCGAGACACCCUUGACAUGCCUCAUCCUCGCACACUUAGCCACAAAGGCUGGAUUCGGGCCAGGUGUCUUCAACGUAAUCACAACGUCCCUCGACAACACCCCAGAGGUCGCAGAAGCUCUGUGCAAACAUCCAUUGACGAAGAAGGUCUCGUUCACCGGUUCUACGAAUAUUGGCAGUCUCAUCGCCAAGCAUUGCGCCGAGGGUCUAAAGAAGCUGACGUUGGAACUUGGUGGAAACUGUCCCUUCAUCAUCUUCGACGACUGCAAUCAGGAUCAAGCCCUCGAGCAGCUGCUCGCCCUAAAGUGGCGUCACGCAGGUCAAGCGUGCAUCACAGCCAACCGCGUAUACGUCCAGGACGGCAUUUACGAAGAGUUCCUCCACAAGCUAGUGGAGCGGACCAAGAAGAUUAAGAUGGGACACGGGACUAAGUCGGAUACUACCAUGGGUCCCCUGACUACACCCCGCGCCAUUCCGAAAGCCCAGGCUCACGUCAAAGAUGCGGUAGAGGCAGGCGCAAAGGUGGUACACGGAGGCCGAAAAGGAACAGAAGUCGGCCUGGAGACUGGCUACUUCCACGAACCGACCAUCCUACGCGAUAUGAAGCAGUCCAUGCUCCUCAGUCGUGAGGAGACAUUCGCCCCGGUCUUGGGAGUGUACAGAUUUAGGACCGAGGACGAGGCCGUUCAAUGGGCCAACGACACGAGUAUGGGUCUGGCCAGCUACUUCUUCACUAAAAAUAUUGAUCGGACAUGGAGACUGAUGGAGAACUUGGAUGCUGGCAUGAUCGGGAUGAAUACUGGUAAUUCAUCAGCAGCAGAGUCUCCAUUUGGUGGUAUGAAGCAAUCUGGCUACGGGAAGGAGUCUGGCAAGGACGUGGCUAUCGAGGAGUACCUUGUCUCCAAGACUGUGACCAUGACUUUGGAGGAUCACUACUGA